GGCAACUCGACACACAUCGCUCUCGGUCGUGGCAUUGCUGUUGCUUGUCGACCAUCACUCCCGUCGCUUAGGUGUUCACCUCUUCCACAUCACAUAUUUCAAUGAGCGCCGAGACGCGGAGCCCCAGCGCGUCGCCCAGCGCCAGCAGCGACAGCGACGCAUCUCCCGCCAAUAAGCACAGCGCAGCGGACGGCAAGCCCAAGAAGUGCCGCUUCAACGACUGCGACAACCUGGCAGUGGACGGCACCAGCAAAUGCGCCUUCCACAAGAACCGGCGUCAAUGUUGUGUCGAGAACUGCACCAACCAGGUCUACGCGCGCAAGUUGUGUGUGCGCCACGGCGGUAAGAAGCAAUGUCAGGCUGACAACUGCGAGGCGCACGCGCGCGGCGGAGGCUUCUGCUUACAGCACGGCGGCUUUGUGGUCAAGCGGUUCUGUAUCGUCGAGGGAUGCUCCAAGCAGGCGCACGCGCGCCAGAAAUGCGUCCGUCACGGUGGCGGUCGACGCUGCAAGGUGGACGGCUGUAUGCAACACGCGCGCGCCGGCGGACUGUGCAACCGCCACUCGCACGGCCACGAGUGCCGCGUGGAAGGUUGCAACAAGACAGCGCAACACUCAGGCUCUAUCUGUUUCCGCCACGCCAUGGAGUUGCGCGCACACGGCGAGGAAGUGCCCGAGCUUAACAUCUCCAAGGGAGGACGUCUCAGUAGCAAGAAGCGCCAGCAACAGCAGCGCGAGCAGCAGAUGAAGCAGGAACAGUUCCACCACCAGCAGAUCCAGCAGCAGAUCCACGCGCCGCAGCACAUGCAGCCACACCCGCUCUCUAUUCAGGUGCCUCAGAGUCAGCCUAUGCCGCAACAGAUGCAACAGCAAGGCAACCCGUUCGGUCUACCUCUGAAAAUUAAUGUGCCAACGACCAUGCCAAAGUUCAGUCUGCGCACGCCUUUGGGCAACAGUUUCCCAACUCCGCGCAGCCACGAGUUUUCGCUCUUGAUGGGCCUCCCUUCGCCACAGAUUGACAACUCGCAGCUGCCCAGUGUGCUCGCAAUGACCAACUCAGGUGCAAACGCCACAUCCAGUGGCCAACGUACCCCCGGUUUUGACAGUUUCCUUGCCAGUGGCCCACCCAGUGUCUCGCGUGGCAAUGGCAACUAUCUGUCGCUCGGUCUGUUCCCCACGCCCCGCCUGACCGACCGGACGCCUGGUGGAGGCGACGACGCCAUGAUGAGCGACUACAUUAAGCUCAUGGGCCCCGACACGCCCAUGAACUUCCACCAUAACGGCCACUUCGGCGGCGGCACCACGCCUCUACUCGAGAACCUUGGCAACGUCUUCGAGCACAACCAAAACAACCAGAACAGCGCCAACCACGCGCCACGUAAUCAUAUGGCGGCAAUGGCGGCCGCCGCGGCUGUGCACGGCAAUACGCAACAGAGAAUGAAGAUGGACUUCUUGUCGCCACGCGGUCUGGCGGCCCACAACUUCCAAAGCCAGGGAUUCCCCACUCAAACUUCUGGUGAAGGGAUGGGUUCAAACGGUGGUCCGUCCGGAUCUUCGGACUACGCGGCCCAAUUCUUUGUGGACAAUAAGAACGACAAACGUGGCCACAUGAAGACAUCGAGUGUCUCAGCAGCCACUACCCCCACUCCCAAGCCGACCGGUGUCACCGCCGCCUAA